CCAACAAAGUAGCUUUUGUACAAUACCAUACAGACCUCUCACUCGAGCAAUUCCCAAAAGAGUUUUAGUCACGGAAGUUAAUAAAUACAAUGUCACGUUUGCUUCAUGGGAUGCUUUAUGCAACAAUAUAUGAAGUUGAUAGGCUGGACACUGGAUGCGGGUUCAACUUAUUGUGCAAGUCACCUAAAAGGUUUGCAACUCAAAUCAAGAAGUUGGUGCUUUGCCGACCCCAGCAGAUUGUUGGAUCCAAACUCUAUGCAACAAUUGAUCUAGACAAGGCGAGGGUCGGCCGGACGCGAAUGGUAAAUGAUCCAAACAAUCCGAAAUGGAGGGAAGAAUUUUACAUCUACUGUGCCCACAACAUCUCACAAAUUAUAUUCACUGUCAAAGAUGAUGAUCUCAUUGGGGCAACCCUAAUUGGAAGAGCAUAUAUACCAGUUGGGGACAUAAUCAAGGGUUAUGUGGAGGAAAGAUGGGUUGAAAUUUUGGAUGAAGAUCACAAUCCCAUCCAUGGUAAUUCUAGAAUUCAUGUCAAGUUACAAUUUUCCAGUGUUGCAGAAGAUUUUCAUUGGUCACUUGGGAUUAGAAACCCUAAGUAUGAAGGUGUUCCUCGGACGUUUUUCAAUCAAAGGGAGGGUUGUAGGGUUACUCUAUACCAAGAUUCGCAUGUUGCAGAUGAAUUUAAUCCUCAUAUUCCUACGCCCCUAGGCGGAUUAUAUGAGCCGCAGAGAUGUUGGGAGGACAUCUUUGAUGCAAUCACUAAUGCAAGGCACUUUAUUUACAUAACUGGAUGGUCUGUGUACACUAAAAUAACCUUGUUAAGGGACCCAAGAAGGCGAAAAGAUGACAUCACACUAGGGCAGCUUCUUAAGAGGAAGGCUGAUGAGGGCGUUUUGGUUCUUUUGCUUGUUUGGGAUGAUAGGACUUCUAUUGAGGAGUUGAAGAAGGAUGGUUUGAUGACAACUCAUGAUCAAGAAACCGAAGAAUAUUUUCGAAACACAAAAGUGCAUUGCUUCUUAUGCCCUCGGAACCCUGAUGUAGGGAAAAGCAUAAUUCAGGGUUUUCAGACUGCCACGAUGUUUACUCACCAUCAGAAAACGAUUGUGUUGGACAGUGAGAUAUCAGGCAGAGGAUCACAAAAGAGGAGGAUUGUGAGCUUUGUCGGAGGCAUUGAUCUUUGUGAUGGAAGAUAUGAUACUCAAGAACAUCCCUUGUUUGCAACCCUAGGCACAACCCACCAGAAUGAUUUCCAUCAGCCCAACUUUGCAGGCUCUUCAAUUAGGAAAGGUGGUCCAAGGGAGCCCUGGCAUGACAUUCAUUGCAAACUGGAAGGGCCGGUUGCUUGGGAUGUCUUAUACAACUUUGAGCAGAGGUGGAAAAAACAGGUUGGAGAGAAGUUCUUAAUUCCACUAGGCAAACUUGAAGAAAUCACAGUUCACCCUUUACAAGAUAUGUUUUCGAACGACGACGAAUCAUGGAACGUUCAGCUAUUCAGGUCCAUUGACAAUGGGGCUGCUUUUGGCUUCCCUGAAAAGCCUUCUGAAGCAACACAAAUAGGACUUGUGAGUGGGAAGAAUAACAUCAUCGACCGAAGCAUUCAAGACGCGUAUAUCCAUGCCAUUCGCCGAGCCAAAAACUUCAUUUACAUUGAGAAUCAGUAUUUUCUUGGAAGUUCAUUUGGAUGGAGAUCAAAAGACAUUAGAGAUGCGGAUAUCAAUGCUUUACACCUUAUACCGAAGGAGCUUUCGCUAAAGAUUGUUAGCAAAAUUGAAGUCGGAGAGAGGUUCAGCGUCUACAUUGUUGUCCCAAUGUGGCCAGAAGGUAUGCCUGAGAGUGCUUCUGUUCAGGCUAUAUUGGAUUGGCAAAGAAGGACAAUGGAGAUGAUGUACACUGAUAUCUCAGAAGCCCUUCAGAAAAAGGGCUCAAAUGCAAACCCUAGGGAUUAUCUCACAUUCUUCUGCCUCGGCAACCGGGAGCGGGAGAUGGAUGGAGAAUAUAAACCUCCCGAGACUCCAGAGCCAGACACCGAUUACAAAAGAGCUCAGAAGGCCCGGCGUUUCAUGAUUUACGUGCAUUCAAAAAUGAUGAUAGUUGAUGAUGAAUACAUAAUCAUUGGAUCUGCCAACAUAAACCAAAGGUCCAUGGAUGGGGCAAGGGACUCUGAGAUUGCUAUAGGAGCAUUCCAACCUAACCAUUUAGCUUCGAAAAUCCCAGCCAAGGGCCAGAUCCAUGCUUUCAGGCUAGCACUAUGGUAUGAGCACCUCAAAGUGCCUGACGACUCCUUCGUGCAUCCAGAAUCUUUGGAAUGCAUCCGAAGAGUGAACCAGAUUGCCGAAAGAAACUGGGAAUUUUACUCGAGCGACACGAUUGAUGACAUUCCAGGUCACCUUCUCCACUACCCCAUUGCGGUAAGCAAUAAUGGAGCUCUAACAACACUGCCUGGCUUCGAAUAUUUUCCCGAUACCAAGGCUCGUGUUUUCGGCGCCAAAUCUGACUACCUUCCUCCAAUCCUCACCACUUAGCUGUUGUGCUUCCUCUAAAAGUGUAGUUCCAGUUGAAUAAUUCAAAUGUAAAUUCCUACUAGUCACUAGCAAUGUUGGUUCCUGAUGUGUACAAAAACAUAUGCAAAUAAUAUCCAAAUAAAAGUUUAAUGUC